AUGUCAGACAGCGAAGAUUUUGAACAACUUAAAGUAAUUGAAUUGCAAAACGAACUGAAAAAGCGUGGUCUUGAUACCAAAGGACGUAAAGUGGAUUUGAUCGAUCGAUUACGUCAAGCGAUGAAUAACGAAAUGGAAUCUGAUCCAACAAAGCUUCUCCCUUCACCUAAUAACGAUGAAUCAGCUGCAGCUAUUAUAAGUGAUGAUGCAUCAUCUUCGUCAAUUGCUCUAAAAGACCAGGACACAACGUCGGGUGAACCCAAUUUUCAAACUAUGGAAGAUUUUCCUUAUGAAGAACAAAAAUCUCCGUCAAGUAAUAAACGUCAUUUGAAUGACGAUGAUACAGAAAAGGGAAAAGACAAUGAAGAUAAUUUAACAGAAAAUUUCAAUGACGAUAUAGAAAAAGACGAUGAAAAUCCUAAUGAUAAUGAUGAUCUAACAAAACAAACACGUAAAAAAAGGAGUCGUUGGGGUUCAGAGCAAGAUGAAGAUUCACCAGAACAACAAUCAACUCCCAAACAAACAUCAGAUAAUGAUGAUAAUAACGAUGAUGAUGAUAAUAAUCAUAGUAGUAGACAUCCAGACCGAGAUUAUCAUCGAUCAUCGAGACAACAUGAUGACGAUCGACAUUAUAGUAGUCGAUAUUCCGAAAAUUUCGAAAAAAUUCAUCGUCGACUGACCAUAUUAUAUCUCAACGUAUUUACUCAAAUGCCUUGUUAUCAAGUCCUGUCAACAGAACGAGAAAUUCCACUUCCCGAAGAAGAAACAGUACAAUUCAACAAAGAUGAUGUUGUAUUGGAUUUUUAUACAUCUGACUUAAAUCUAACGGUUAACACGGAUUGUUUAUCGGCAUCUAAUAAAUCAAAUGAUGCAUUAUGUUUCUUAUGGGCGGGUGUUCGUGGCACAUAUGGAUUUCGACAAGGCAGAAUUGGUUAUGAAAUUCGAAUAACUGAAAUUAUUGAUUGUCCACAAAUGCCGGAGAGUGAAAAAGAAAAGUUUGGUGUUCGUGUCGGAUGGUCAAAUCUUUCAUCCAGUCUUCAGCUAGGAGAAUUCAAUGGUUCGUUCGCCUACACAUCGUCCGGAAAGAAGUUGAAUAUGGCUAAUGAUGAAGUUGUCGAAGAUACUUAUGGAGAACCGUUUGGCGUGUCAGAUGUUAUUGCAAGUUAUAUUGAUUUUGGAGAUGAUCCUGAUAGCAGUUCCAUACGGAUAUAUUUCACGAAAAACGGCACAGAUUUCGGUUCAGCGUUUGAAUUUUCCAAAAAUGAUUCGAAAGAAUUCUAUCCACAUAUAUUAGUAAAGAAUGUUCGAUUUGAAUGCAAUUUUGGACAAUUGGAAGCGCCAUGGUCAGAAUUCAAACCAAAUUAUACAUUCGCACAAAAUAUACCUGUAUCCGAUAGGAUACGUGCUUCGACACCAGUUGAAGAAAAAAGCCAAUGCCAAGUUGUACUUCUGUCAGGUUUGAAUGGAUCGGGCAAAACAAGUUGGGCAAAGAAAUAUAUGGAAGAAAAUUCUGACAAGCACUUCAAUUUGCUCAAUGCUGAACAUGUUCUCGGUCAAAUGACGAUUGAUGGAAAGUUACCAGUGAUUAAGGAUCGAAAUGAUGGUUUAAUGAUACGUGUGAAUAUUGCUUUACAGAGACUCAUUGAAGUAGCUGCGCGACGUCGACGAAAUUUUAUCAUUGAUCAUACGAACACAGCUCGUGAAAGUCAAGUCAAACGGCAAAGAUUAUUUACUGGGUACCAUCGAAUAGGUGUUGUGAUCGUACCUGAUGACGAAGAAUUGAAGAAACGCAUUGAAAAAGUGGAAAAAACCGAAAAUAUAACUUUCCCAUCGUAUUGGAUCCGAGACGCAAAAGCGAAAUUUUAUUUUCCACAAACCAGUUCGUCAUUAGAAGAAGUUAUAUACCCCGAAUUAUCUUAUGAUGAUGCUAAAUUAUUGUACGAUAAAGCACGACAGGAUUACGAGCAAUAUCGUUCAUCGUCACGCUAUGAUCGACGUGAUGAUUAUUAUUCGUCACGAAAUAACAAUAAUAACAACAAUCGGAACCGAUAUGAUGACCGGGAUCGUCGUAGUCGAGAACAUGAUCGAAAUCGUGAUCGGUAUGCGCGAUCACGAUCACGAUCUCGUGACCGCGACCGUCGAACAUCGUCACGUGAAGAUUCACGAUUCUCGUCUUCCUCUUCAUCAUCGCAUCGCAACGAGAAUUAUCGUGGUGGAUACUCACGUGGUGGUGACGGACGAUAUUCUGAUCACCGACAAGAUUCAAGAAGUAAUCAGCGUGGUGGUUUUCACGACAGUCGAGGUAGCGGUGGAUAUCGUGGACGAGGAGGCAAUUACAAUAAUCAAUCAAACGAUGAUCGUCGCGGUGGAUAUCAACAACAGCAACAUCAACGAAACGAUUUCGGUGGCGGCCGUGGACGUGGUGGUGGUGGUAAUUUUGAUAAUAACCGAGGUUCGUAUCAUGACAGGCAACGUGGUGGAUUUCGACAAGAUUAUGGCAAUCAACCACGAGGACGAUCAUUUAAUGAUUACGACAACAAUCAACAACGACAGCAAGGGAGUGGCGGCGGUGGUAGAAACUUCAUGCAGAACAAUAGCAAUAAUAAUUUUAAUCAACAACAUGAUAGACAAAGAUUUGAUUCGAGGCCAUCAAUGCAACAACAAGGCUCAUUUCAUAAUCAACAGCAACCACAGCGUUCCGGACCACUUCUACAAAAUCCACCAUCUAAUCAACAGCAACAGCAGCAAUCUUAUUCAUCACAUUUAACUCAACAAACAGCGAAUAAUUCUAAUCUUUCUUUACAAACACAAAAUUCAUUGAAUCUAAAUGCCCUUUCAAAUGCUGCAAAUAUAACUCAACAAAAUGCUCUUGAUCCAUGGCUCGCACUUUGUGCUGCCGCCCUCAACACACAAUCAACUGUAUCACAACAACAACAACAACAACAACAACAACAACAACAGCAGCAGCAGCAACAACAACAACAUCAACAUCAACAACCACAGCAGGAUGCAAAUUCGCUAACACAGCAGUGGGCACAGUGGUUAAAAUCAACACAAAUGGCUCAAACAGCACAACAGUCUCAGCCUCAACUAACAGUUCAAUCAAAUGAUUCUCAGCAGGCACAACUUUCAGAUGCAAGUGCUUUGUACUAUCAAGCAUAUUAUGCUCAGUUGGCCGCUGCACAACAAGCAGCGGCCGCAGCAGCUGCUGCCGCCGCCGCCGGUCCGUUCAAUGGUGGUGUUGCUCCGCCUGGCGCUAAUGAUAAAUAG